UUCAGCACUCCACAGCACUGCCACAGAUCUAGAAGAAAACCACAGCAGCGCCACUCAACACCAAACAGCGUCCAUCUACAACUUCAGCCUCCGCGUGGUCCACCGGCAUCCGGAUCACCUCUUCCAUCACCACAACAUCCAGCACUCCUUCCUCCACUGCCAUCUCUUCUUCCUCUCCUCUCUCUCUCUGCACUAAUCCAUCCAUCCCACCUACCCACAAGCCCCCUCCGGCUCGCCAUGGAGAAGGUGCAGCACAUGACGCGGGCGGCUAUUCGGCGGGCGUCCACCAUGGAGGUUCCCCAACAGGCUAAGCAGAACAUGCAGGAGCUCUUCGUCAACUUCUGCCUCAUCCUCAUCUGCCUGCUGCUCAUCUACAUCAUUGUGUUGCUAAUGUGAGCGAGUGGGGUCUCCCUCUAGCCAAUGAGAGCGAAGGACUGUACAGAGGGGCCAAUCGAGUUAGGGGAUGGGCGGGACUAUUUAUUAUUUUAUAGAGAGUUUAAAGUAGUUGGGUUCUACAAUGCAUGGCUUAUUUGUGGAAGCGAUUUGUCUGUAGAUAGCACACAUUCAGAGAAAUAGGAGGGUAGAGACAUUGAUAGACAUUAGUUAGUGAUUGAGGAUUUUAAGUGGAUGUUGUGGACAGAUUUUAUGAGAGAUUUGGCUGAUGAAAAGCAAAUAUACAGUAUGUGAUUUGUGUGAAACAUAAUUUAAUUCUGUAAUUUUAUUAAAUUAUGGGUCAAAUAUCAAGUAUAACAUACUUUGAAGAAAAAUAUAAUGAGGAGUGCAUAAUCUCAGUGUAAUUAUAUAUAUAAAUCAUUACUGAAAACAUUUUUAAAAAAUCAUUCUCAGAUUUGGGGUCAGUACGUUUUUUUUUUUAUUUGUUUCUACUUUUUUAGAGCAAACGUUCUAUUCACUGAAAUAAAUUUAUAAAGAAAUCUGAUAGAAAUAAAGGAUGCCUCAUUAAUAAUUAAUUAAUAAUUAAUAAUAAUUAAAAGUGAGAGUAAAGAAGACAUUAACAAUGGUGCUAAAAAUUCUAUUGCAUAAAAAAACUUAACAAUUAAGAAAAUUCAGUUUUUGAUUACUUUUAUUUAUAAUUUUUUUUAAAAGAUCCCCUUUUACACUAAAAUGUUAAGCAGCACAUUUGCUUUCAAAAUUGAUGCUGAAUAUUUAGUGAAGAAAAUGUUUCAUUAAAAUUUCAUUUAAACAACUAAUAUAAUAAAACGUUUUAAUUUGUACAUUAUUAUCAGGGUUCCAACUCAGCAUAAACAUAAUAGGUAAACGUGUGAAACAACGUAAUAAAAGCAUCACACAAUAAAGAAUUACAUGUUGAUAAAUAGAACCUAAAUUUAAAGCAACAAACAAAAGUCCAAGAUU